AUGGAGUCUCGAUAUAUUACUUUGCUGUUCUCUACCAAGUGUGAGAUUCCACGGCGCCUGCGGAGUUACAGACCGGAUGAGGUCACGCUCUGGAAGAAGACGACUGAGCGCAAGAGUCGCCUCAAGACACAGCCAGCCUCCGUGACAAUCGCCCACCCCUUCACAGCAAUCGGAUCAUCAUCUCUCGAAGCCGCUUUAAGGAUCAAUCCUCCAUGCUAUCCGCGCGCGAACUGUCUGCAGAAGAAUGGAUACAAUGAGGCACGAUGCUCAGCACUGAUAGACGCGCUGUACGAAUGCUGCACCGAGAUGUACAGGCGCGAGGGACUGGCGGAGAAGAAUGUGUGCUGUCCUCAGAAGUCACUGCUCGAACUCAAAGUCAAACAGAGGGCCGAAGAGAAGGCCACCGGCGCAGAACUUCGCGAAACGAAACGACGGUAG